AUGUCACUCGUGUUGCCAGAGAAAUUCCAGCACAUUCUUCGUGUUAUGAACACGAACAUCGAUGGCAGGAGGAAAAUAUCCUUUGCCAUUACCUCCAUUCGGGGUGUGGGUCGCAGGUUCGCUACAGUUGUAUGCAAGAAGGCCAAUGUUGAUAUUCGCAAGAGGGCAGGUGAACUGAGUGAGGAAGAGGUUGAACGCAUCGUGACAGUGAUGACCAACCCUCGCCAGUACAAGAUUCCCGACUGGUUUCUCAAUAGACAGAAGGAUAUCAAGGAUGGCCGCUUCACCCAGGUGCUCAGUAACGGACUGGACAACAAGCUGCGUGAGGAUCUGGAGCGCCUGAAGAAGAUUCGUGCUCACAGGGGUCUGAGACACUACUGGGGCCUCCGUGUCAGAGGUCAGCAUACAAAGACCACCGGCAGGAGAGGAAGAACUGUUGGUGUAGCCAAGAAGAAGUAA